CCAUGCAAAUGAGGCACACCCACAGCUGCCUGGAAACCAGGCCGGGAGAAGUCAGAGCCCAGAGCACAUGCUGCAGGGCCGUGCUAGGCAAAGGAGCUGGAGCAGGUGGAGGAGGCGCUGAGGGAGCAGGACAUCUCCUGCCAGACCUCCCAGUGUCUGGUCUGAGGAUGGCGGAGAAGCAGAGCCGGGAGCCAGAGUGCCCUGUGUGCUGGAACCCCUUCAACAACACGUUCCACACCCCCAAAGUGCUGGACUGCUGCCACUCCUUCUGCGUGGAAUGCCUGGCCCACCUCAGCCUGGUGACUCCGGCCCGGCGCCGGCUGCUGUGUCCGCUCUGUCGCCAGCCCACUGUGCUGGCCUCCGGACAGCCUGUCACUGACCUGCCCACGGACACUGCCGUGCUCACCCUGCUCCGCCUGGAGCCCCACCACGUCAUCUUGGAAGGCCGCCAGCUCUGUCUCAAAGAUGAGCCCAAGAGCCGCUACUUCCUGCGCCAGCCCUGGGCCUACACGCUGGAACUCGGCCCCGGGCCUGGGAGCCAGACUGGACCCCCCCGGGACGUGGCCCCUACCACCAUCCCCAGCCCCAUCCCCAGCUCCAACCACGACUCUCUGAGGGGGUGUUUCCGCAACCCGCAGUUCCGGAUCUUUGCCUACCUGCUGGCUGUCAUCCUCAGCGUCUCUCUGUUGCUCAUCUUCUCCAUCUUUUGGACCAAGCAGUUUUUUGGGGGUGUGGGGUGAGCAUCUGUUCCAGACAAAGAACCACGCCUUUCUUGGUUGCUGCUGGGUAUGAGGACUGCAGAGCCUCAUUUGGGGUCGUCUUCCUUUGUAGUAUUGUUCUUUUUUACAAUCCAGGGAUCGGCUAGGCUGUGCAUCUGCUUCUGGGAAGGGAGACAGUCCUACUAUAAUGAGAACCUCUGAAAGCUAAUGGGAAAAGAUACGAAGAGAGCUCUGGGUGUGAACCACGAGUCAUGGAAGGGCCGAGAAGCAGAUCUGUGAUGCCAGGGCUACGUAGCAUGUUGUACCAAAGGGCUGGGCGAUGGCAUCCGGGAACCUGACCCACUCAGACAGCAAGCUGCAAUUCUUACUGGAGCUGCUUUGAACUCAGUUCACAUUUUUUGGAGUUGCUCUAUUAUUUGUUGCUAAAAAAUUUGGAACGUGAACUUCAAUUGUGAGCAAAUGUGUUUGUCUUCCCCUUUCAGUUUUCUCUUUGGAUGUUUUGCCACCAGUCCCAGUAAAAAUGGCCUGCAUUCAUUAA